GCCCCGCCGCGGCAGCAGGAUGAGGCGGCGGCCCCGGCUGAGGCGGCUGCCCCAUGGCGGAGGAUGUUGACCUGAAAGCAUGUCAGGGUGCUUUGGAUGACUGCUGUCCACCUCGAAGAGAGGACCAGCUGGAACUGCAAGAAGAAGAGCAGAAAGACAUAAAUCAAAGCAACAGCAACCAUGUAGAUUCCCUUCUCUCCUUAGAGGGCUAUUUACAGCUUCUGCCAUCGCAGGUGGAAAACAUGCUAGAGGUGAACUUACUGGAAGAUUCACAAGUUGCUUCUUCUAGUAGAGGCCAAGACCCAUCAUCCUCACACCACAAUAUAAAUUUGACCCAGACACUUCAGAACAGUUUCAGUCCUCCUGAUGCCAUCCUACUAAGAACAGACUACCCCACUCAGUUAAAUUCAAAACCAAGACACUUACAAAGGCAAGAAAUUUUCCCUCAAACAAGCUCCGAUAUCACAAAUCCAGAAUCACUACUUCAUGGGUCAAAUUUGAUAGGGCUGUUUUCAGCUGCUGACCUUAGAAAUCUAACAGCCCAUGAGGAUAAUUUUGAUGAAAUUAAGCUCAUGUCUUUGGCUUUGGAGGAAGGCUUUAGUCCUAUAGAAGUUUCUCAGAUCUUUGAAGAGCCUGGCUCAAAUUCAGGACUGUAUUUGAAUUCAAAUCACAGCACCACCUCUUACUCAGUCUGCUGUGAAGAUUCUGUUGGGUACAGCAGUGAUGUUAAAUCUGCUCCUUCACAUGGCUUAGGAGUUGUUGGUGGCCACUGCCAAGAAAACAUUAAGCUCAGCCAUGUGGAAUAUCCAGGUGAUGCAGAGUGUUCUACAGAAGCCACACUUCAGCAGUUUCUUCAUAAUCACACUUACAAUCAACUGCCAAGUCAAGCAGCAUUCACUGCAGAGCAUUAUCAACAGAUGUGGAUGAAGAAAUCAAAUGAAGUAAAGGACAGGUGCCAUAAUUCUUCUGCUACACACCAGAGCAGAGAUGAGCGUUGUGCAAAAGCUCUGAGAAUACCAUUUUCAGUCGAUGAAAUUGUGAGCAUGUCCGUCGACUCUUUCAACACCAUGCUAGCAAAGAACCAGCUGACAGCAGCUCAGGUAUCGCUUCUGCGUGACAUCAGACGAAGAGGGAAAAACAAGGUAGCUGCCCAGAAGUGUCGUAAACGCAAACUGAAUGCAAUUCUUAACUUGGAAGAAGAUGUGUGUAAUCUCCAAACACAAAAGGAGAGCCUUAAAAAGGAGCACUCCCAAUGUAGCAAAUCAAUCAACCAGAUAAAGCAAAAGUUAAACAACUUGUACCAUGACAUUUUUAGUAGACUGAGGGAUGACCAGGGUAGACCUGUUAACCCAUGCCAAUAUGUCAUUAAUUGCAGUAGCAAUGGUAGUGUUUUCAUAAUACCCAAGCAUUUGGCCAAAUCUGAACAAGAUAACAGAAAAGAGCAGAAACAAAAGUAAGAUGACUAGAGAUCACCUAAAUCACCUUAUUUUGCCUGAAAGGAUGAUAAGAAUACUUGUGUGAAGAAUAGAGGUCAGUGAUUACAGCAGUUCAAAAGAAGCAACUACACUUGAGGAGAAACACUCUGUCUUCAACGGUCUGGCAAAUCCAACUGUGAUCUGUUAGAAGGUCCAUGAGCUUCUGGAUGAGGAAUGCUGAUUAGUUUUAGUUAGAAUUAAAGGUGCUAGACCAUCAGUGUAGUGUAGCUUUAUAGACCUAUGUUAAAACUAGGAAUUUAGUUACUGGUAAUGGGGGCAGAGGGGAGAGCAUCAGUGAGGGAUAAAAGUCAACUUUAGAUCAAUGUUACACAUGCAAGAAAAUAUUUCAGUUUUGAAUACUUGAUUCUUUAUACAGAGAAUGACCUUAUUUAUUCUCUAGCACUGAAAGAAAAAUUACCUUCAACUUAAAUUCAUUGUGGAUUUACAUAGGUUCAAGAGAUAACUGCGUGCUUUGCCUUUAUUCAGAAUGGCUCUGCUUUUCUUAGUUUUCCUUUGAGAAGAGCAGCCCAGGAGGCUACUGCAUUUUUUCUCACUACUUUCACCAUCAUAAAUCCAAGCAAAGAUAAUCUGCCACUUAAGUUUACAACUCAUACACUCAGUCUGCAAGCAGAUGUUGAAAAAGGGUGAUUCAGUACUGUUUUACCUUCAUCUUCUGCAACUGAAUCAUUCUCAGCUUGCUUCCACAAAAAUGACCAAUGGUGAAGGAGUUCCUGUUCUGUUUCCUAGUGACAGAUACUUACUUAUGUACCUUCUCUUUUCCUCCCAUCUUGAAACCUUCCUCAAGAACUACUUGAGUUUUUCUCUGUGGCUUUUUAACUGGUAUUUUUAAGUGUCUUUAAUGUUUCAGAUUUAAUUUUUUAAAACACACAUUUUAUCUAGUCUUUGAACCAAAUUACUAUUUAUCUAUGCUUAUAAUUAUGAGGUUACAUUUUGAUAGUGGUCCAAAUAAAGUUUUUCAGCUUGACAUUUAUUUGUGCUGUUAAAAAAGAGAAGUUUUAUUCACUCACGUACUUAAAACAUCCUAUCCUUUACUGUUUUAUUGAAAAAAGUCUGCAAAAGAGAUGGUCUAAAAGGCCUGUAAUGAAUAAGGAAGGAAUGUUGAGGUAUAUUACUGUGAAAAUAACUACUAUAUUAAUAUCUUGAUAACAAAAAAUACUUCAUUUUAUAAUUAAAAUACAUAAAGCUGGUAUUUAAAAAGUUCUCAUUGGUCUUGGCAUGAUGGCAAUGGAGCAAAUUUGCAUUCAAGUAUGUUAUAAAAUCACUAGUACCAAACGUUCAACAACCACAAACUGCACAUACAAGCUUAAAUGCUCAAUUAUACCUACGGCCACCGGCAUGGAAGUCACAUUGGCUGCUUGCACUUUGUGUAAUAAACCUGAUACUAUCAAGAGGUAUUUUCUAAAACGGGAGCCCUAACAUGGUGCCAAGUGCACUGAAUUACCGAGAUCAGCCUGUUUGAACAAUUUUCUCAGCAUAUUCUAUUAAAAUAUUUCUUUAAAUAUA